AUGAAUUAAGAAGGAUAGAUUUAAUAAGUUCAAGAAUCUUUAAUACUAAAAAAACCUUCUAGAGUUGUUAAUAGAUACAAACAUAAUUAAUUACUUUAUAAUUAUUUUGUUAUUAGAGAUUUCAAAUCAGCUUUAGAAUUAAUUGAAAAACUCACUCAAGAACAUGGAGAUAUUCAUGAAUAUGCAAACUAGAUAUAAGGAUAUAUUUAUAAGAUGACUGGAUAACUUUCAAAAUCAACUGAGGCAUUCAAGAAGUUUUUAUCAUUUAAUGAAUAAGAUCAAGAAGUCUUAAAAACUAUAGCUAAAAAUUUACAAUUAGGUAAUAAUAAAUGUAAUUUAUAGAUGGUAGAUUCNCAAGUUGA